AUGGGAACGCGAUGACGUGAUGAAGUCAGAUGAGUUGCAGUUUGACACAUUAAGGCCUAUUUUUGCCAGAAUGCCACAGGAUUGGGUCCUAAAAUCUGGAAAUUAGUCCUCCUGUUUGGCAGCUGCGGUUCCCCCGUCUCAAACAGCCCUUGCCCUGCCCUCACAGUGGCCCCUGCUGAUGACGGCGUCCUAAAUCCUUUCUACCAUUUCGUCCAGCCAACCAGUACCAGGCAGCCAUGAACCCCCAGGAGGCCGAGCUCGGCCAGGAGGUCAUGGAGGAGGCCGAUGCCCCGCCUCGCCAUCGUCACAGUAACCAAAGCAGCCGAUCCCGUAACCACAGCAGCCAGGAAAAGCGCUACAGGCGCGUCGAAGCCCCUGCUGGAGGAGGCGCUGGCAGCCGAGCGAGGGCGCCCCAGCAGCGCAGAUCGCAGGAGGAGCAAGAUGUGGAGGGGCAACAAGGGGCUCAGUCGCCGCAGCCCCAGCAGCCCCAGCAGCCCAUUCCCAGACCCGCGGUGACACGUUAUCGCCGACAGGGGGACAGCGAGGCCCGGAUCAGAGCCCAGCAGCAGAGGCACAGACAGAGGCAGCAGAGGGAGGCGGAGCGGGCCCAACAGCUGGCACAGCAACAGGAGACGCAGCACCACGCUGAGAUGGCCCGGGAAGACGAACGAGAGAGAGACGACUCGGUGCUCGCUCGCUCAGCGAGCACCGAGAGCGGCUUCCACACUCACACCGACCGGGCCGAGGGGGACGACGGUCCGGUGAUCACGUCACACGAGCCUGAGGGGCAGCCGGAGGUUGAGGACGAGGCGGAGAACUAUUCAGUCCAGCUACGGCCGGAGGCAGAGAGCUACACUGAGAGUGCCGAGGCCGAACACCAGGGCGGCCAUCUGGACCCUAGCCGCCCUCCUCAGGCCCCGCAACGCGAAGCCCUGUCUGAUGACCACAACCUCCAGAGGCCGGAGGAAGCAGAGGAGAUGCUGAACACUGGCUACUCCAACUACGUCUACACCACCGGAGGAAGGGCGGGAGGGUCCGCCGGUCAGAGCUUUGAGAGCUUAGACGGCGUCCUUGCAGACGAAGCCUACUCCGACCCGUACGACAUUUACUCCCUCUCUGAGCACGUUUACGAGGAGAUCCGCGAUGCUCCUGCGUCAGUGUCCUCUGCUGCAGACGGGGCUGAGGACACCGAGUCACUCAGGCAGAGGCGCGCCGGCUUCCAGCUGCUGGAAGACGGUGCGGGAGAUGGGGACUACCAGCAACAGGAGGCAGUGGGCUCCCGUCUCCGUCAUUACGACGAGCGCUCGGAUGGAGAGUCGGACAGCCCGGAGAAGGAGGCCGAGUUUGCCCCGUACCCACGCGCCGACAGCUGUGACCGCGAGGAGGACAUCGACAGCAUCGUGGCUGAGGUCAAAGAAAGCUUGAGCUCUCAGAGUCUCCACCGUGCUGUGGAGGACACCAUAGAUGAAGAGAAGGAGCUUCAGCAGGGUGAUGAAAUUCCCCCAAGACACGAGUGCCAAACUGACUCGGACAGAAACCACAAAUCAUCCAACCCAGGGAAGCCAGUCGGCAAACAGGCCGCGAGUCCCUCGGAGGAGCUUGUAGCAGUGAGGAACAGUCAAGAGAAGAGGGACGCCAUAUCCCUGGCCAUCAAGGACAUUAAGGAGGCCAUAGAGGAGGUGAAGACCAGAACGGUGAGAUCUCCAUACACACCCGAUGAGCCCAAGGAACCCAUUUGGGUAAUGAGGCAGGACCUGAGCCCCACUGCAGAGUGUGACCUAACGCCAUCGCUGGGGGGUGAUUCCCCGGGGUCGAGCUCGCCCUCCCCGCCAGGAGCAGAGUCCUCCACUAGACAUCUGCUACAAGACGACAGCUUUGAAUCCUCCCCCUCUAGUAAAGAGUCCCGGAGAAGCCUUGCAGCCUUCCCCACGUAUGUAGAAGUCCCAGGCCCAUGUGACCCGGAGGACCUGAUCGAUGGGAUCAUCUUCGCAGCCAACUACCUGGGGUCCACCCAGCUGCUGUCCGAUAAGACCCCGUCCAAGAACAUCCGCAUGAUGCAGGCGCAGGAGGCUGUCAGCCGCAUCAAGACGGCCCAGAAAUUAGCCCACAACAGGAAGAAGGCCCCUGAGGGAGAGCCUCAGCCCAUGACCGAGGUGGAUCUCUUCAUCUCCACCCAGAGAAUCAAAGUCCUCAACGCCGACUCCCAGGACACCAUGAUGGACCACCCCUUGCGGACCAUCUCUUACAUUGCCGACAUCGGCAACAUCGUGGUCCUGAUGGCCCGGCGCAGGCAGCCUCGGCCCGAUUCCCAGGAGAACAUGGAGGCCUCGGACGCGGGUCACGAGACCAAGCGGCAGUACAAGAUGAUUUGCCACGUAUUUGAGUCUGAGGAUGCCCAGUUGAUCGCCCAGUCCAUCGGGCAGGCCUUCAGUGUGGCCUACCAAGAGUUCUUACGGGCCAAUGGCAUUAACCCAGAGGACCUGAGCCAGAAGGAGUACAGUGACCUGCUCAACACUCAGGACAUGUACAAUGAUGACCUCGUCCACUUCUCCAAGUCGGAGAACUGCAAAGACGUGUCCAUAGAGAAAGCCAAGGGGGAUAUUCUGGGCGUGGUCAUUGUGGAGAGUGGCUGGGGCUCCAUCCUGCCCACGGUCAUCAUCGCCAACAUGAUGCACGCCGGGCCGGCUGAGCGCUCCGGCAGACUGAACAUAGGAGACCAGAUCAUGUCCAUCAAUGGGACCAGUCUGGUGGGACUGCCACUGUGCACCUGCCAGAGCAUCAUCAAGGGUCUGAAGAACCAGUCUGGGAUCAAGCUAAACAUUGUCAGGUGUCCCCCAGUGACCACUGUACUCAUCAGAAGGCCAGACCUCCGCUACCAGCUGGGCUUCAGUGUCCAGAACGGCAUUAUCUGUAGCCUUAUGCGCGGGGGCAUCGCAGAGCGGGGCGGCGUCCGAGUGGGCCACCGCAUCAUCGAGAUCAACGGCCAGAGCGUGGUGGCCACGCCCCAUGAGAAAAUUGUCAACAUCCUGUCCAACGCCGUGGGAGAGAUCCACAUGAAGACGAUGCCGGCAGCCAUGUACCGCCUGCUGACCGCCCAGGAGCAACCCGUUUACAUCUAACAAGACAAAGCCGACACCCCCCCCCCCAAAGGACCCCUCCCUUCGUCCACAUGACUCUGUUGCUCAGUCUCUACUUCAG